CUCUCUCUCUCUCUACUCUGUUCUUCACAUCAUUUUUCAAAUUCUCUCAAAAUUCCAUCCGUUCGGCCAAAAGAUUGGGUUGCAAAAUAUUUUCUGUGGCUGAGUUGUUGUUAAUUUACUUAAACCCCUCAAACGAUUUUGCAAUCACUAUGCAUUCUAUCAAGAACACGCCCCCAUUUGCUUUUCUGCUUCUUCUUCUUGCUUUGUUCUUCAUUUUUGCAAAUGGAGAACCCUAUUUUUCUACCUUCCGAACACCCACUUCAGGAAAAACUCAUGAGGGGAAAUAUGAUUUGUUGGAUAGUUGGGGUACCAAAAGGUUACUUGCUGAAGAACAAAAUGAUGUGAAUUCAUCACUUGUGUUGGCUCAAAAACGAACAACAAGGAAAGAUCCACUCGAUGAUUUUAAGAAAUACAGAGGAGGAUGGAACAUCAGUGAGCGACAUUACUGGGCUUCUGUGGCUUUUACUGCUGCACCCUUCUUUGUCAUGGCUGCAGCCUGGUUCGUGAUCUUUGGGUUGUGCUUGUCACUGAUUUGCCUCUGCUAUUGUUGUUGUUCACGAACGCCGUAUGGCUAUUCCAAACUAGCUUAUGCGCUCUCUCUUAUUCUCCUCAUCCUCUUCACCAUGAUUGCAAUCAUUGGAUGUGUUUUUUUAUACACGGGUCAAGCGAAAUUUUAUCAUAGUACAACGAAAACAUUGGAUUAUGUCGUAAAUCAGGCAAAUACAACCGCAGAGAAGCUUAGGAAUUUGUCCGAUGAUUUCGCUUCUGCAAAGAAAGUAGGGGUUGCCCAAGUGUUCUUGCCGGUUAAAGUCCAAUCAGACAUUGAUGAGAUACAGACAAAGCUGAACUCAUCAUCUUACGCCCUUUCUGACAGAACUGAAGAGAAUAAAGACGACAUUCACCGCGUUCUAGAUACCGUGAGGUUAGUUCUGAUUAUUCUAUCUGCAGUGAUGCUCUUCUUGACGUUUCUUGGAUUCUUGCUUUCGAUCUUUGGCAUGCAAUGUAUGGUGUACACGUUGGUGAUUUUCGGGUGGAUUCUUGUGACGGGAACGUUUAUAUUGUGCGGUGUGUUCCUUGUUCUGCACAAUGUGACUGCAGACGCAUGUGUGUCGAUGAAUCAGUGGGUCAAGUAUCCGACUGCUUAUACUGCUUUAGAUGACAUUCUUCCGUGUGUGGACAAUGCCACGGCUCAAGAAACCUCCAUGAGGACCAAAGAAGUCGCUUCUCAACUAGUUGACUUGACUAACCAAGUCAUCACUAAUGUCACUAAUAUCAACUUCGCCCCAAAUUUCACGCCCUUAUUUUUCAAUCAAUCUGGGCCCUUGAUGCCGCUUCUUUGCAAUCCGUACAGACCCGACUUCACCGAUCGAGCUUGUACCCCCAAUGAAGUCUCGUUGAACAAUGCCACACAGGUGUACAGUCAAUUUGUAUGUGAAGUUUCGCCGAGUGGGAUUUGCACCACCACAGGCCGCCUGACUCCAGAUUUCUACAGCCAAAUGUCUGCCGGAAUAAAACUGAGCUAUGGGCUGUACCUCUAUGGCCCUUUUCUGGUAGAUCUCCAAGAUUGCACCUUUGUCAGGCAAACUUUUACUGAUAUCACUCAAGACUACUGUCCGGGCCUGCGCCGCUACAGCAACUGGAUCUAUAUCGGGUUGCUGAUGGUUUCAUUGGCGGUCUUGUUGUCACUUGUGUUUUGGGUUAUUUAUGGGAGAGAAAGAAGGCAUCGUGUCUACACGAAAACACUCGUAGCUAGAACAGAUGGCGAAAAGGGUAUGUGAAAACUGCAGAGGGCUGUGUAUAGUUUGAUGGUGGCAAUCGGUCGGUGGUGGUGGCUGUACUAUUCGUUGUAUGUUACAUGUGCUGUUUAGAAUAUGUAGUUAGUAGUGUAUAUGUUGAGAGUCAUGUUUGCUAUCGUCUUUGGAUUCGUCUGUUACAUGAUUUUCAUUGGAUCGGUAUGACUUUUUUUUUACAAUGA